AUGUCUGAAACACAUCUUUCCGAGAAAUACCUCUACCAGAGCUCCCUCAAGAGUGAUCCAGAGAUUAAAGUCUCCUCUGGCAAGCGCGUGCCUUUCGUUAUCGAUCUUAACCAAGGAUCGUACCAGAAUGGUGUUAUUACUAUCGAUGCUACAUCCCAGCUUAAUGGAAGUGAAGGAUUUGCUUCGCUACGCGAUGCAUACAUUAUGCUUCCUUACAAGGUGAGCAUGAAGAAUACGCAUACCACUACUCCUCAGGCUAAUCCUGCUAACCGUUUUUGCGUUUCGCUGAAGUGCGGAAAUUGGAAUGUGAUCGAUUCGAUGAGUCUUGAGCUGAAUGGUAAGACUAUCGUUUCUAUGGAUGACUACAAACUGUUUUGGAACAAUAUUCGUGCUCAGACUGGAUAUAGUCCUCAGUAUGUUGAAAAGCAUGGUGCAGAGUCUUUCCUCUUCCCUGAUGCUGCUCAAUCAACAAAGUACAGUGCUACAGUCGCUACUACUGAAGAUGGCUAUUCGAAUAACACAACGUACUCCUCCACCUUCACCGCCAGCGCUACCUCUGCUACAGCUUCAGUAGUAAAUGAUGGUUUUGUGAAGCGCCUUCUUUCGAACCCACCAAAUGCUGGAGCUGACUCAUCUACGUCGUGGCCUUCCACUGGUGCCGCAUCUGCUACAACCACCAUCGCUAAUCAGCUGGGGCGUGGCGUUUUCGUGACUGCUUGA